AUGACCUGCCGCUCACGCUCUAGCACAAUUCCGAGCCCAACCAGUUUUACACCUGGCACAUCCGUUACAGACAAGAUCAAAAAUACCUCGACCUUGUCAGCAAAUUCAAUCGACCCAGGGAUGUCCGUGGUCCUACGCUCUUCCGAUGAAGCGCCUGUCGAUUUUACUAUUUACAAAGCGCUGUUAAUCAUCUCUUCGCCUUUUUUUGCCGAGUUGCUUUCCCUUCCCCAACCACCGGACACGCCACGGGAGGAGAUGAGCGAAGGAUCCGCUAUUAUACAGAUGGCAGAGCCCGCUGAAGCGAUCGAGCGACUGCUCCCCUUCGUCUAUCCUCGAUUUGUGACGAUGCCCCACCUAGCUACGUUGGAGGAGCUUCAGACUACGUUGCAAAUGGCGUCGAAGUACGACAUGAAAGGUGUUGAGAAAUGCCUGGGGGAGGUUUUGGUAGCCCCGCGAUUUGUUGAGGAAGAUCCUAUGCGCGUUUUUGCUAUGGCGUGCAGGUAUGGAUUGGAGGACGCCGCCCGAAUUGCCGCGAAACACACAUUGCGACUCUCUCUGCCAGAACGCCACUACGUCGCCGAAAUGGAACAUAUCUCAGCUGGAAACCUUCAGCGACUCGUCGACUAUUACUUUGCAUGCAGUGCGGUUGCCGCUGCCGUUGCAAGAGAUUUCUCUUGGGUGAUGAAAGAUACCUUCAGUUUUUUCCAUCGAGGGGGGUGUAGUUGCGGCGCAUCGACAUACGUACUCAUUGCAGGAGGAUCAAUGAACGUCCCUGCAAGAGCAUGGUGGCUGAAUUAUAUGAAGAGGAUGGGCGAGGCACUAAAGGAACGGCCCUCUUUAGCUACGUUGAUGAAACGAGACCUGAUGGAAGAGGUAUUCGAGAAGACGAAGACUUGUGCUUGCGGUAGGAAGACGAUACUGGAUAUGUUGGAAUUCAGGGAGAUCUUUUCCGCAGAGCUGGAUAAGCGGAUAUCAGAGGUCGAGCUCGUUCUCAACCUAUAG